CGAGGAUAUUAUAGUAGUUUCAACUGUUAGGUCCAACGGUGUUGGAAGGGUUGGAUUCCUUGCAAACCGCCGAAGAGCAAAUGUAUUACUCACACGAGCAAGGUUUUGUUUAUGGAUACUUGGAAAUGAGGAAACUUUGAUGAAUAGCAAAUAUGUGUGGAGGAAUCUGGUAAAAGACGCAAAGGAACGUGGCUGUUUCCAUAGUGCCGGAGAAGACGAGUCAUUAGCGCAGGCUAUUGCUUGUGCGAACAUUGAGUUUAACCAGCUUGACAGGCCACUGAACAAUUCAAAAUGGAAGCUUUGCUUCAGCGACGAGUGCAAGAAAUAUGUGGGAGAAAUCAAGAACCCGGAGAUUUACAGGAAUAUAAAGAAUUUCUUAUAAAGGAUAUCUCAAGGUUGGCUUAAUGAAGAAGAGACGGAGAGAGACAAUCUGGUUUCUUCCUUGCAGCUGUUAAAACAAAGCAAGAUCGACAACAUUCUAAGGCUCUCUUGGUACUAAUGUUGAGAUAACAGAAACAAAGCUACGAUCUGAUAUUCUCAUGAGUCUUCCCGCUUUGAGAAAGCCCCAUAACAUGCUAAUGGAAAUAUUGGAUAGUUUCACAGAUAAUGAGUUCUGGUACGUUGAAAGAGGAAGCUCAUCUAUGAACUCGAGUGGUGGUGGUAGAGAUACAGGAACGUUUAGGAAAGUGGUGGUUCAACGGAAAGACGAGAAAUUGUGGCUUCCGGUGCCAUGUGUUCCUGCUGAAGGUUUAUUGGAAGAAGAACGAAAGCAUUUGCGUAUCAUACGCGAUUGUGCCAGUCAGAUAUAUAAAGCAGCAUUGGCCAUUAACGAUUCUACUCUUAAUGACAUGAAUAUUCCUGAUUCUUAUCUCACCACUCUUCCAAAGAGUGGGAAAGCAAGUGUAGGAGACGUGAUAUACAAGCACCUAUGCACAGCUGAGAAGUUUUAUCCUGACCAGCUUCUCAACAUAUUGAAGAUCACAUCGAAGCAUGAGGCGCUUGAGCUGGCCGACAAUAUAUUUUUAAUUUGAUUUCACUAUUUCUUGAAACCAAGAUUGCAUUUUGAAUUUUGAGUUUAUUUGUUAUCUCAUGUAAGUGAUAUACAUUAGAUCGUAAAAACGGGGUUUGUUUGAUGUUUAUAAGUGGGUUUUGAGAAGUAUAUAGUAGUAGAGUGAAGUAUAGUAGGACAAAGAUUAACUUUAAGUCCCUAAACCAAAUUAUGUUUUACCACAUUUUAUCUUUUUAUGUAAUUUGUUAUUAAGAUUUUAAUUGUAUCGUUCUUUAAUUUUUUACCUCAUUUGUAUCGUUCUUUAAACCAACAAAAGCAAUA